AAGCCGGAACAGAGCCGAGACUCGCACUACCCGGGUACAACAUAAAUGAACCGCGACACCCGGGUGCGUUUACAAAACGGUACCAUCUUACAUUACUGACAAAUACGAGCAUGUGAUAAGAUUAAAAGCAAAAAUAAUAUUUUACGUAGUGUUUCUUUUCGUGACUUAAACCACUAUCAUGUACAAGACCGUAAGACACGGCGAGAACAGUCUUCAGUAUACCAUACUACCGCAGACGGAGGAAGUCCUAAGUAAUAGUGGGUUGAAGGGCAAAGGCCGAGAUUACAGCCCCUCCAUCCAUGUGAGACGUGCUAAUAGAAAGUUCGCGCUAAAGUUCGUUUUAUUUAUAGUAGUCGGGGUAAUAGUUUCGAUAGGAUUUGCAUCAAUUCCAAUUUACAGUGUCCUGUACGCACGAAGAACUCAACACAAUCAACAUGAAGUUAUGACUAGUGCGCCUCUCCCGGCACUCGGGCAGGAUAUAGCUAGAUCAAGGAAAAAGGAAUUAAAGAUUUAUCCGGAAGGUUCAUCGACUUUAAAAACAAGUUUAGAAUCCAGCGUUGCACCUCUAACUACAAAUUCGCCCUCAACAUUUAGCCCCACGACAGUGAACAGUGAAAAAGCUACUACUCCACCAUGGAAUAUGCCCGCUCUGAGAUCGUGGAAGUUCUCAUCAUCUUCUACGACUAUCCAGCCAAUCCCGACUGAGGAUAGUGCAGAAAUUCCUCUCAUUGGAACACCAUCUGGAAGUGUCCGUUUACUGGACCAUUACAUGUCAAUAUCGAUGAAACCCUGGGAGAAAGAUACCAUUAUACGAGCAACUGUAACUCCUGAGCCGAUCACGAUCCGAAAUGUUCUUAGAUACUACUCCCGUGCCUUCAACCCGUCAGAGAAACCGGUUACCUCAAUUCCGAAACUCUUUGAAGAUGUCCUGAUAACUACUAAAGGUACAACUACGCAGACUCCGAUGACUACGGAAGUAGCGCAAACAAGUGAAAAUUCCAAAUUGCAGGAUUUGAAGGACACACUUCUGUCCGUGGACGACGAUGAGGAGUUCAAGGAAUCUCUGGAGGUCGACGAAGUUUUCUCUCUUCCUCCACUGAAGCCAGAUUCAGCUUCGCCUGGAACGGAUUCAGACGAAGUAACAGUGUCAAAGGCAACUGACGGCGGCUGGUACGGCGCUCGGUGGCCAUUCGUCGAUACGUCGUCAUACUUCCAAUGGACGGGUUAUACACCCGGGGACAACCUUCUGCUGCCGCUGCUGGUAGCGGCGAUGUCGUCUAUAGCGCUGGUCUUCUUACUGGCGUUGGCGGUCCGACGACGCAAAAGAAAUACCACUGCCUCCGCACAAAUUGGGAAGUUAACCGCCGACCUGCAAGCGGAUGACAAUACCAACCUGCUGACGGCAGAAAAUCCAGAAGAAGCCGAGGAGUGAAGAAGCUAUGCUCUUAUGCUUGCUCUCAACAGAAUGCCUAAUAUGUUUGCAGGGAAUAGGAGAUACAGCUGGUUCCUUUAAUAUUGAGUUCGCAUUUGAGUAAAACAAUCAAUAAACCCAUAACAAAAAUUACUUCUGGUUUUGAAGUACAUAAUUAUACGACUGCCCGAAAAGGAGUGUAACGUUUUCACGGUAUAUGUGUUUGCUUUUUUAUUCCACUUUAACUUCUAAAUGCCUCAAUAGAUGCGGAUGUAUGGACCUUUUACUUAUAUCAUCCCAAGUGAGACGAUACAAUUUUUGAAAAAAAAAAAAUACAAUAUGGCGACCGUAUGGCGCCAUUUUCAAAAUAUCUGAAAGUCUUUUUAGUUCGUUUUUGGCAGGGCAGUCGUGUAUUUUUUAUUUAAUUACUACAUACUUGUUUAAAGCUUAAUGGAAUUGAAUGAUGCAAAUACGUAUAAGAAUAGUUACCUAUUUACUGGAAUUUGCAAAUACCGAUGUAAGUAUCUAGGUAAGACUUAGAUAAUGCCAAUUAAAGUUUUUAUGUGUAUAAGGAAGUGAACAUUAUUGAAUUGCAACCGCUUAAUUAUUGUAGUAGAUCAUCAGGAAAACGUGAAACUUAAGGCAUUUGUCCGACCGCCAACGAGGAAGCAACUAGCUUAGACUAUUUUCUCGCUCAGAAAUCGUACGAUCGAUGUGUUAAGAUUCCGUAUCAAUAAGAGAUAAAUAUAAAUAGUUGAUCGGUACUCGUGCACAUUGUCGGCGGAACUUUCUAUUCACUAGUAGGUAGGUACGUCGCAGCGACAAAAGCUAUCAAGGAAAAAACUAUCUCAACUCGUUUCUAGUUUUUGCUCAACUCAUUUCUCGCUAGUCGUCGCGUCGGCGGUGGGACAAGUGCCUAAGAUAAAAAUGUUCCUAUCACCCAUUCAGUUUGUCUUUUUGACUCGAUACUUAUGUAAGGCGUUCGAAACAUUUUGAAAUAAAUUAUUUAAUCGCUGCUGCGCCGUAGUUGGACGUUUCACUGCAAUGCUAUAAAAUCAUACGAGCAAGUAGACCUCUAGGUAAGGCGAACCGAUCGUGUAGUUCAAGCUAACCUAUAUGUUGCGUGUUCAAAUAAAUUUAUUGGGUCACAUUGUGAUUUUGUUGUGAACACGUAAACUAUGCGACGUAAAGUUAUAUAUCUUCAAUGAGUUCAACUUAGUAAGUACCAAUGCCACGAUCACGAUAUGAAACAGCAUUUUCAACUUUUUGACCAACUACAAUUUAUGUCAUAGUUGAAGAUAGCUGCUUUUUCAUUGCUACUAAAAAUUAAGCAGGCACUGUAUUGUUUGAUAAUGUUAUGGUAUGAAGAUGAACUCUUCUAAUACGCUCGUCUGAAAACUUUCAGUGCCUAUUAUUUGUAUAUACGAAAUUUUAGCUAGGCUUUUUACUUGAAAGCCGAAAGAUUGCUUAUUCAGAGAUACGAUAUAAUAAAAUAUUCUGUAGUUAAGUAACCUAUAUUUUGUAUUCACCUAGAUUUUGACUGUUUAGGUAAAGUCCAAUGCCAAAGCUACCAAAAAUAUUUUUGUUACGAAUGUAAAUUCUACAACGUGGUUUAUUGAAAGUCAUUUAUCAUAAAGGCGGAAGAAAGUAGACAUUUAGAAUCAACCAUUCAUCUUUCAUUUUUAGCUUCAAGAUAAUGUCAGGUCAGGCAAUUGAUUUUAUGAUUUUAAGCUAAAGAUUAUCCAGGACCGUGCAGUAUUAUCAUAAGGUAUCCAAAAUCAAUUUAAAUUAUCUACAUUUCGCAUGUUCGAGCUUUGAAAGCUUUUUAGGAACUGUGGACCUAAGUAGAUACUAGAUACCUACCUACAUAGAGACAUCGAUGACAUAGGGUUACGACAAUGUCAUAUUGAUAUCAGAUUAAUCCUUGAUUGUUAGCCACAAAAGUAAAAUGAGGAAUCAAUGAACGACAAAUCAUAGAAGGUGCGUUUCUAACAAGCAACCGCACCGUAAUCUCAACCGAUUAAAUAAGCGCAAAUCGCGACUGGCUCAUGACAGUGACAGUUAUGAAGCCACAACUACCUACAGAAGAUGCAUGUGGUAGGUAGAGUAGUAUGCACAACGGUAAGUAGAGAUUUUAACGCUAUAAUGGAGCGUACUGAAUUUUUCUUUGCUUUGUCGUUCACUGCAUGGGAUUCUAUCCUAAUCAAUUUUUGGAACUUAGGUAUUUUGCAUCAGUCUCAAUAUGCACGAUUUUCACUUGCCUUUUCGAGUUUAUAAAAUGUACACACGUACCUACUACCUAUCUUAUAUCUGCUUAAAAAGAUUACCUAUUACUUUGAAGCACAUAGAGUACCGACCUUACCUUAAAUGACUAGUUAGGUACCUCCUUACUUUACACCAAGGUAGAUGAAAGCUUGAAGCUCGGACGUGGGAUGUAGAUCUACUUAUGAACAAGAAUAUAAUAUGUAGACAAUCCAAUAACUAUGUACCUACCUAUAUCAUAUCUCUGAACAUCCCAAUUGUAUGACUCGUCAGUAUUAACAAUCCCUGUGGUAUAUCAAAAUAAGCGUAUUUAUUUGUUUUUGUGUAGUCGUAGGAUAUAAGAUGGAAUUUACUUAUUUAUUAUCAAUCUUAUUGCUACUCGGUUUCAAUGUCUGUAAGUAAGUAUUUCUUCAUCAAUUCUUACCUCUUCAUUAUAUAUCAUUUUGUAUAGAAAUAAGACUGAUAUAGGCUUGCGUUGUAUUCCAGUAAUUGGGGAUGUGAAAUUUUAUGUGUUGAACAUAUUUUUAACGGCAUUAUUUAUUUGAGUACAGAUUCCUACAGGUAAAAAGAGCUCUGGAUAUUGAUAAAUACAAGUACGCUAGAUAAAGUGUACCAUACAAAAUGACAGUUGUUUUUUGUGCCAAUCCUAAGCACCCCACCAAGCGUACCAGUACAGUAGGAUGGUUCUGAAAAAUAGGAUUGAAAAUCGGCACUUUGUGUCAAAUGGUCGUCGGGUUGAUACUAUUUUGACAGAUGUCUGAUCACAAUUUAGUUCAGAGUAUGCUCACAGACUCCCUGCUACUAUAAGCGCCUAAAUGGCGAUAAUUACGUUGCUUCAAGAAUAGGUCGGCCAUAGCAAGUCCAGCGUACUUGUAUUUGUAGAGGUCAGUGUCUGGACGGCAGGAACGGAUCUGCGCAUAUAGGUACUAUUGCUACACAACUGAACGGAAAGCAAAUUCUAACUGACGAACCAAAAGCGCGGCGGCACAGAGACCCCUGUCGUUGCGCUUCACUUCAUACCAUUAAAUUAGUACACUGCGCAGGUUCGACAUCAGAGUUCUUUUAACCUGCUGGCAUGUUAUAUUAACCUUUUGCGUGUUAUAAUAUAAAUCAAUGUUAGUAUAGGUAUAUGGUAACUACCUACAAGUACUACCACUUAUAAGUUACGCCGAUGUACCUGUGCAGAUUUUUUUGAAUGGCGCGAAAAUAUCUCAGCCAAUCAUAGCACGCGUCCCUCUGCUAUUGGUUGUUGCCUACGCGCCAUGUUUUGCACACGUGAAUAAUGAACGAGAUAGCACGAGUCUGUUAUUCUUGUGUUUAAAAUCUUAACGCCAAGCAAAAUGGUCUGUAUUUCAUUGGUGUAGAAACAUUCAGUUUUAGUUGGUGUUAGGGGUGUUAGGUUGCACUUUUCUGCAGAAACGAAUUUUGCCGGUGCGACUUAUAAUGUGGUAGUAUUGUACUGGUAUCAUGAUUCAUGGCAUGCGUAUUGUGUAGUAAGACGGGAGAUAGAUAGCUAGGUAAUUGAACUUGGAUUGAACAUGGACAGUCUGUGUACGUUGGAGAAUAAUAGAUGCAGGGCUGAAGUAACACUUGGUCAAACGAUAGCAAUCAUCAUCAUCAUUAUCAUUAUGGUCAACCCAUCGCCGGCCCAAUCUACUGAUAACGGGUCUCCUCUCAGAAUCUACAUUUUGAAUAUUAUCCGCACCAAGUAGAACUAAAUUCGAAAAUAAUAUAUUUUUUUGGAAAUUUCUAAAUGACAACGUUGGGGUCCCAAGGUACACCUACUAGAGUGGCCACCUCGCCAGUAUUGGAAGAUAACCGUUAGGUGGACAUACGACAUACGACAUUAAAUACAUGUCGUAGGGAGCCGCUGGAUACAAGCGGCGCAAGACCGUGAUGUGUGAAAGUCCUUACAAGAGACCUGUGUCCUGCAGUGGAAGUUUAUGGGUUGAAAAUGAUGAUGAUGAAACGACAAGAGGGUCUGGUAGGGCUAGGGGCUCAUCUUGGCUCACUUGAUCCAGUUUUACUUCCCCAUAAGUCUCCAUAGUGCAUUACAAUGGCGUUGAUUGAACUAAAAGACUUAAGAGCCUGACACGCAUUUACGUAACACCAUAAAUACAUUAUAUCACGCUAGCAAUAUUUUAUAUCAUACAAAAUGUAUAUCGCACAUAAUAAUAUAUUUAUAGAUGUUAAGUUUAUAAUAUUAGCUUUUGUGUAAUAGUUUGUCUUGAGGCAGUGUGAUUAUUUUAUAUGCUGGAAACACCCACCAUGUACAUAAUGAAAUAAAUUGUUUUCCCACUGAA